AUGAUGGGGAAAAGGCUAUUUCUUCAUGGACCACUCUCCUUCUUGUUGCUCUCCUUUGCUUGUCAAGCUGUUGGUGGGGCCAGCCCCCUGUGCGAAAAAGAGGUUGAGUCCUGGGGGGCCAUAUUCUCUGGGGAACGCCUGGAUGCCUGGAUCUGUUCUCUGAUUGGUUCAGUUAUGGUUGGGCUGAGUGGUGUUCUUCCGUUGCUGAUCAUUCCUCUUGAAUCUGGAGCAGCUCUGAGGUCAGAAGAGGGAUCCCAUCGAAUGAAGCAGCUGUUGAGUUUUGCUAUUGGUGGGCUCCUGGGGAAUGUGUUUCUACACCUGCUCCCUGAGGCCUGGGCCUACACCUGCACUGCUGCCGCAGGAGGAGGACAGAGUUUCCAGCAGCAGAAGCUUCUGGGGCUCUGGGUCAUCAUUGGUUUGCUGACCUUCCUGAGUUUGCAGAAGAUGUUCCCAGACCACGAAAAGCAAGAAUCCUCCAACUUGGUCAGUGAUUCCACGGCACCUGCCAAAAGGAUUCCAAAUGGAAGUAGCUUCUCCAUUCAGGAUGGGGCCAAUCCAGUCCACAGAACAAAGAUGGGCAUGGCUCAGUGUAAUGGUUCCUCUCACCCAUCUUCGCUGCCAACCAGGAAUAUCAAGAUCAGUGGAUACCUCAAUCUUUUGGCCAACACAAUUGAUAACUUCACACAUGGGCUUGCAGUGGCGGCAGCCUUCCUCGUUAGCAGAAAGGUUGGGUUCCUGACCACCAUGGCAAUCCUUCUGCACGAAAUACCCCAUGAGGUGGGAGAUUUUGCUAUCCUCCUUCGUGCUGGGUUUGAUCGCUGGAGUGCAGCCAAGUUGCAGCUUUCCACGGCUCUAGGGGGAGUUAUAGGAGCUUGCUUUGCAAUUUGUGCUCAGUCACCUAAAGGAACAGGGGAAACCAUCGCUUGGAUUCUUCCAUUUACUUCUGGGGGCUUCUUGUACAUCGCCUUGGUGAAUGUUGUUCCUGAUCUCCUGGAGGAGAAGAAUCCCUGGAACUCGGUGCAGCAAGUUCUCCUGCUGUGCACAGGCAUCAUCGUCAUGGUGCUUCUCUCACUCACUGCAGAUUGACUGCUGCUGCACAGGCUGCCUUCUGCUGCUUCCCCAAGAUGCCUUCAUUCUGAGCGGUUACAAAGCAAUAAGAG